UCGGCCGCCGCACGCUUCGGGGAGCAGGUAGCGCGGCCAGGUGCGCGGCGGAACAUGGACUGUCUCCUGCUUGUCGUCUGGACUGUACCUGCUGCGAUGCUCGGCGGCAGCUCCAUGCAAUUCCCGGCUCUCCCGUGGCUCGGAAGCACUGUAAAGGCAGACCCUUCAGCUGUGCUGCCUCUGUUGCAUGUCUCAUGCAGCAACUUUAACCAGUGACAGCAUCAGUGAAUUGAAUCAUGAUUAUGUAUUUGUGACACCUGUCAAAGUGGAUUCCAGUGGAUCGUACAUUUCACAUGAUGUUUUGCACAGUACUAGGAGAAAGAGAUCAACUCAGAGUUCAAAGAGUUCCUUGCACUACAAAUUUUCAGCAUUUGGACAGGAACUUCACUUAGAACUUAAACCUUCGACCAUUUUAAGCAACAGUUUUAUUGUCCAGGUACUCGGGAAAGAUGGAGUCUCAAAUUCUCAGGAACAUGACAUUGAGCAGUGUUUCUACCAGGGAUUUAUAAGGAAUGAUAGCACCUCUUCGGUAGCAAUAUCUACAUGUGUAGGCUUGUCAGGUUUGAUAAGGACACGGAAGAUCGAGUUCCUUAUAUCUCCAUUACCUCAGCAGCUAGCACAGGAGCACAACUACACGUCACCUGCUGGACACCAUCCUCACGUACUGUACAAACGAACCGCAGAAGAGAAGGUGCACCGGUACACAGUAGAGUCCAAUCCCAAAUACUUUUCUUUUGGUCAUCACAGAAUUCACACUUCCCACAAGUAUCAUGCUCAAGCGAAUGGUUACCACCAUGGAAGGUUUCAAAAGCAACAUUUUUGUGGACGUCGCAAGAAAUAUGCACCUAAGCCACCCACAGAAGAGACGUACAUUCGCUCGGAUGAGUAUGGGACUUCUUCAAGGUUCAAAAGAUCAUCUGCUAAAAUCCAGAAAAAUGGAAGUCUAAAUGUUGAAACCCUUGUUGUGGCAGAUAAAAAAAUGCUGGAGAAACAUGGCAAGGAAAAUGUAACAACAUACAUCUUAACAGUUAUGAAUAUGGUCUCUAGUCUGUUUAAAGAUGGAACAAUUGGAAGUGAUAUAAACAUUAUCGUUGUGAGCCUUCUUCUUUUGGAACAAGAGCCCGGUGGAUUACUGAUUAACCACCAUGCGGACCAGUCGCUGAACAGCUUCUGCCAGUGGCAGUCUGCCCUGGUUGGGAAGAACGGAAAGCGCCACGACCACGCCAUCCUGCUUACGGGCUUCGAUAUCUGCUCCUGGAAAAAUGAGCCCUGUGAUACUUUAGGAUUUGCACCCAUCAGUGGCAUGUGCAGCAAAUACCGUAGUUGCACCAUUAAUGAAGAUACAGGCCUUGGACUGGCUUUUACAAUUGCUCAUGAAUCUGGACACAACUUUGGUAUGAUUCAUGAUGGAGAAGGAAAUCCUUGUAGAAAAGCUGAGGGUAAUAUUAUGUCUCCCACACUCACAGGAAACAAUGGAGUGUUCUCUUGGUCAGUAUGCAGCAGGCAGUAUCUCAACAAAUUUCUCAGUACAGCUCAAGCUGCCUGCCUGAUUGAUGAACCUAAGCAAACAGGACAGUAUAAAUACCCUGACAAACUGCCAGGGCAGAUCUAUGAUGCUGAUACCCAGUGCAAAUGGCAAUUUGGAAUGAAAGCAAAACUGUGCAACCUCAGCUUCGUAAAGGAUAUUUGCAAGUCUCUCUGGUGUCACAAAGUGGGUCAUCGGUGUGAGACAAAGUUCAUGCCAGCAGCAGAAGGAACACCAUGUGGGAUAAGUAUGGUACCGCUAACUCUGAUGGGAUGUUUUUUGGCAUUCUUUUGGCAGUGGUGUCGAAGAGGUCAGUGUGUCAAAUACGGUGAUCAUGGACCCAAACCUGUAAACGGCCAAUGGUCGGCCUGGUCCGAGUGGUCACAGUGUACUCGCACUUGUGGAGGUGGGGUCACAUAUCAGGAAAGACACUGCAAUAAUCCAAAGCCACAGUAUGGUGGCAAAUUCUGCCAAGGUUCGGGUCGUAUUUAUCAGCUCUGUAACCAUCAGCCAUGUCCAGCAAACAGCCUGGACUUCCGAGCCCAGCAGUGCGCAGAGUACAACAGCAAACCCUUCCGGGGAUGGUACUACAAAUGGAAGCCAUACACCAAAGUGGAAGAGGAAGACAGAUGUAAAUUGUACUGCACAGCUGAAGACUUUGACUUUUUCUUCGCAAUGUCCAGCAAAGUGAAGGACGGAACCCUGUGUUCUCCAAAUACAUAUGAUGUUUGCAUUGAUGGAAUAUGUGAACAAGUAGGGUGUGAUCAUGGACUUGGUUCCAAAGCUGUACUGGAUGCCUGUGGAGUUUGUAAAGGAGAUAAUUCAACAUGCAAGUUCUUUAAAGGCCAAUACUUGAUCCAGCACAAAGCUAAUGACUACUACACCGUGGUCACUGUUCCAGCAGGAGCACGCAGCAUCCAGCUCCACGAGAUGCAGAUCUCCACCAGCUACCUUGCUGUGCGCAACCUCGGUAAAAAGUACUACCUAACGGGAGACUGGACCAUCGACUGGCCAGGGAAGUUCUCCUUUGCUGGAACGGUUUUUGAUUAUCAACGCUCUUUUAACCAUCCCGAGAGUCUAUAUGCAGCGGGACCGACUAAUGAGACGCUGGUCUUUGAAAUCCUAUUACAAGGCAAAAAUCCUGGGAUUGCUUGGGAAUAUACGUUUUCCAAAACCAACAAUGAAAACAAGACAUCAGUCAAAAAGCACAGCUACUCCUGGGUGACGGUGCAGUCAGAGUGCUCAGCUACCUGUGGUGGUGGACACAUUACAGCAAAAGCAAUUUGUUUAGAAGAUCAUCGUACACGAGUGAAUUCCUCCCUUUGUGGCCCAAGGAUGAAGCCUUUAACUGAAACCAAACUCUGCAAUACUAAUCCCUGCCCAGCAUACUGGUCAGCAGGCGAAUGGAGCGCGUGCAGCAAAUCCUGUGGAGGAGGGCAACAGAGCCGUGUCAUUCAGUGUGUGCAGAAGAGGGCUUUCCAAAGGGAGGAGGUCGUGGCCCACGCGCUGUGUCCUGUCAGCACCCCGACACAGCUGCAGAUGUGCAAUAGUCAGGACUGCCCGCCCCAGUGGAGCCCCGGCCUAUGGUCUCAGUGCUCCAAGACUUGUGGGAGAGGUGUUAAGAAACGGGAUGUCUACUGCAAAAGUACUGGUUCUCCCAAGGUUAAAAUCUUGCCUGAAAGUAUGUGCAGCAGAGACCACAAACCUGAGUCCCAGCAGACCUGCGUGCUCGGCCGCUGCCCCAAGAACGACCGACUCCAGUGGGUGAUUUCUUCCUGGAGCGAGUGUUCAACAUCCUGUGGCCCAGGUGUGCAAAAGCGAGAACUGAAAUGCGGUGAGAAAAGCACCCACGGCAAGUUGAUCACCUUUCCUCAGAGGAGAUGUAGAAACAUCAAGAAACCAAACAUCGACCUGGAAGAAGCCUGUAACAAGGGAGCCUGUCCAUCCCAAACGCUGUAUAACAUGGUGUCUGGCUGGUACUCCUCACCCUGGCAGCAGUGCACAGUAACGUGUGGAGGGGGAGUGCAGACCCGGAGCGUACAGUGCCUGCGCCAAGGGAGACCAGCUUCUGGGUGCUUGCCCCAUCAGAAACCAGCAGUCCUGAGAGCCUGCAACACGAACUUCUGCCCAGUCCCUGUGAAACGAGAUGAUCCUUCUUGUGUGGAUUUCUUCACGUGGUGUCAUCUGGUACCCCAGCACAGUGUCUGUAACCACAAAUUUUAUGGCAAGCAAUGCUGUAAAUCAUGCACGAAGAAGAACUGAUAGCAGCGUGUUAUCUGAACCCUUCAGUGACAGGAUUCUCUUCUUCAAUUUAUGUUGGAAUUAACUUUGCUUUGAGGCAAGACACGGUGCCACAUAAACCACUGAUGGAAGAGACAGUUUUUUCGAAGGGAAUGUCUGAGGUACAGUAAUUGUUGGAUAUAUGUUGAAAAAGAAAUGUUUCUUUCUUUUUUUUUUUAUCUGCUGACCUCACUAAAGUACAGGGUACUACGGAUCACUUGAACACUGAGACUUGAGGGGCAGUUCUUCUUUUUAUAAAAGUGUCAUUUUGCACUGUCAUAUGUUAUGAGGAAGAAAUUAAGGCAAGGAAGCCUUUUCUGGCUAAUUUACCAGAAUGCAAAGCAAGAGAGAUUGGGAGCUGGAGGAGGAAGGUUCCAGCAUGGCAGCACGACAGGCCCCACUACCAAAAGCCUUUCAUAUUUGUUUAUGCUACGAUGGUGCCAGGGUAAGGCAGCUGUUUCCUGCCGCUGUCGCAGAGGGACACUGGGACGGCUGUUGGCUGGAGAGCGCGGCGUCACUCCUGUGCCCACAAGAAGUAACUAGUGCACUACAAAGAGAUAUGGUGCUUCGCUGUUAGACUUGCUGCUGGAAAAGCAAGUUUUGCAUCAUGCUAAUGUUUUUAUUGUUUUGAAGAAUUAAUUUUCUGCUUUGUGUAGAAACUCAGAGGUGGUUAACUAGUAACUUGAAAUGUAUUCCUCAAAAUAUUCAGCGUUAGAAUAUUUGGACUUUUAAUAUUGCUGUGUUACAAGUAAAAUAGAAUUUCAUAUUUCAACUAACUCAAGGAACUCAGACUUAUUGAGCUCAAUGGUUAUGUUUUCAACUUUCUAAGGUCAUUAGAUAUGUAAUUUUAAAAUUUAAACUUGAUAUUUUAAAGUAGUUUUUUUCAGAAGCUAGGUUGUUUGAAUGCCAAGAUACUGAAGAAUGUCUUCCUUUUAAUCUCAAAUCUCUCUGCAAAUUUUGAUCCAGCCUUUAACCACAGGAAAUAACAAGAAUAUUACAGUCCAUUAAUUCAUGCUAAAUGUCUCUAAAUAGUUAUUUAUUCACACAGGUUAUAUGAAAAAAAAAAGAGAAAAAGAUAAGUGGAUGAUUUACUCUAACCAAAUAAAAGUUGAUUCUAUUUUUAUACAUUCUCCUAGUACUUUUAUUUAGUUCAGAAUCCACCAGCAAACAAAAGAAAUGUAAAUGUAAUGAUAUUUGUAAUCACUCAGUAUUGAGAUGUGCGGUGACACUAUACAGCAAAUGGUACAAUUUAGAAAGUUUCUGCAUUGAAAAAACCCAACCUUUUUGCCAAACCCAUCCAGAGACAGAGCUGUGUUCUACUGUAAUUUUCUGGGGAGUGCCUACGAGGGACAUAUUUAUCUAAUUCCACCCAAUCCCACAACUUUGUUGAUGAAUGUAGUUCAGUUUUACUGUUUUUUUAAAGUAUCGUUUCAGCGUAAGAUUAGCCAGCUCAGCACUAAUGCCAGACAGUGGUCACUUAAAAUUAGCAGUUCCUUCUGCAACAAUUUAAAUUAAAAACAUGUAUUCUGUGAUACUCUAAGAAAUGAUGAUUGGAAACAUAUCUCAACCUACACCGCUCUGUCUUGAUAUUGGACGUUGUGUAAUUAUAACCUUUUUCCUAGUAAAACUACAAGGGUUUUUUGUUUUGUUUUUAUAAUUGUGUCCUUUUUAUUAUUUGAUGUAAAAUAAUUAAUUUAUUAAUGCAUAGCUUUUCCUUUAUAUUUCUUUGCUCACUUCCGUAAGUGACAACUGAGGAAAGAAAAUGGUAGUGUCACAAAGUAUGAAUUAUGGUGUAAAAAAAGCAAAAAAUAUAAGUGUAAUAUUUAAUUAUUUUAUAAGCUUUGUAAUAAAAUACUCUGUUUCAUUAUAUUUGGAAUUCUAAAAUUAAUGAAUAAAAUAUGGAGGUUAUAAGUAAA